AAAAAAAAAACCUUCCUUUUGAUAUCACUAUUACCACGAUACAAAAAACAUUUAAAUAAUUUCCUUUUCUCUUUAUUUUAUACAAAUAACAAAAAAUGGGGAAAAUUCAUUCAAAAUUUCCAAAUUAUUAUGAUAAUCAUGUACUGAAUGAUGAUGAAAAAUAUAAUCUGCAUUUAAGACAUCAUCUUGUAAGAGAAAUUUUUAAAGGAAAUUUUUCUUCACCUGUACAUAAUAUUCUUACAGGAUGGAGUGCAAGAGUCCUUCAUGUAAAUAGUAUAUUAGGAACAUGGUUGGCUGAAAUGAGUGCGAAUUAUCCCGGAUGUACAUACAUAGGGGUGAAUUCUAUAUCUUCGGAUGAAGAUGGAAAACCAUUUGAUGUUGAAUUCAUUAAAUCGGACAUUCAGAAUGAGGGACUUCCCUAUGACGAUAAUAGAUUUGAUUUUAUCGUUAUUAGAUUUUGUGCAUGGGAAUAUUCUGAAUCCGAAUGGAAAGAUAUAAUAAAAGAAUUAAUCAGGUGUUUGAAACCUGGCGGUUGGGUCGAGAUUACGGACUUUGGCAUGGAUUUUCAGAAUCCGGGACCAAAGCUGAUAAAUUUUUUAAAUAAUUUAACCAAUAUUAAAUGUACGAAAGAUAAAAAUAUUAAUGUGGUUAAUAAAUAUGAAGAAUUUUUAAUGGAAACAAACGAAAUGGAAAAUAUUCAAAAACAAACAGAAUAUUUACCAAUUGGUGAACAUGGUGAAAAACUUGGUGAAACUGCUUUACAAUUUGCUCAUGAUAAUAUUAAUAUGUAUUUACCACGUUAUGCAAAAUUCAUGGGAAUGCAACUUAAAGAUAUUCCAUGCAUCGCUGAUACACUUUGUGAAGAAGCAAAUGAAAAUAAUACUAUGGUUCCUAUUACUCGUGUUUUCGCACAAAAAAUAUUAUGAUUAUUAUGAUUAUUUAAUUUAUUAUAAUGAUAAUAAUUUAUCAGUUUUUUUUUUUUAGUUUUUCUUAAA